AUGGACUAUAGGGGACGAGCAGCGAGCAAAGAAAGUAUACGAAGCAAGUCGAUCAAAGAGAAGGCUUCAAGGCACAAGAACUUAUCGGCCCAGAGCUCCCAGGGCUGGUAUGGUUUAUUCGCGGUUCAGAACCUGUGGAAGACGGGCAGCCAGAUAAUGACGGAGUACAUCUCCACCAACGGCGAGCACGCUCUCAACCUCUCGCACAUAGACCGAGAGAUGACUCUGUACGCUCUCGAGCGUAGCAACCACCCAUCAGCGAUGCACCGCGCUCAAAAGGUUGCUGACGACGUCCUGAGGAACGACAGCUACCCGAGGUUUCUCCGAGUCGCGAAACCGGCCCAGAGCUCCCAGUCGCCGGUUGUUGGCAUAUGA